CGGGUCCAAAAUAAAGCAAGGAUUAGAAGCCUAGACAGAACACACGCCCGGGUAAAAAAGCAUCUGAAUGGAUCCGGAAGACACCCAACUUCCGUCAGAGGAUGCGAAACGGCAUCCAAUCGGCGCCCGUUUCUUAGCGGCCAAUCAGCUCUCGCCUUACAACGGUGCUCGGCGGGCCUUGACUGCUUGCUCUCUUCUCUCUAAGAGGUGAGGUUGUCACUGCAGGGGCCAGCUCCAGUAAGUGACUAAUGACUGACUAGCGUGCAGUGCCGUUUUUGUUUUUGUUUUUGUUUUCUUGUGCCGCUGCUUUUCCUCCUUCGCCCAUGUAAUGCACUCCCUGAACCAAGAAAUCAAAGCAUUCUCCAGGGAUAAUCUCAGGAAGCAGUGCACCAGGGUGACCACGCUAACUGGAAAGAAACUUAUAGAAACCUGGAAAGAUGCCACAGUUCAUGUUGAGGAAACAGAGCCAAGCGGUGGGGGUGGUUGUGGCUAUGUGCAGGACCUUACCUUGGACCUGCAAGUUGGCGUUAUUAAGCCCUGGUUGCUUCUGGGGUCACAGGAUGCUGCUCAUGACCUGGAGCUCCUGAGAAAGCACAAGGUGACUCAUAUUCUCAAUGUUGCAUAUGGAGUUGAAAAUGCUUUCCUCAGUGAGUUUACAUAUAAGACCAUUUCUAUACUGGAUGUGCCUGAAACCAAUAUCCUGUCUUAUUUUCCAGAAUGUUUUGAGUUUAUUGAGCAAGCAAAACUAAAGGGUGGCGUGGUUCUCGUUCACUGUAAUGCAGGGGUUUCCAGGGCUGCUGCAAUUGUCAUCGGCUUCCUCAUGAGUUCUGAAGAACUCGGUUUCACCAGUGCUUUGUCCUUGGUGAAAGAGGCAAGACCAUCCAUAUGUCCGAAUCCUGGCUUCAGGGAACAGCUCCGCACCUACCAAGUGGGCAGAGAGAGCAAUGGAGGUGACCAAGUACCCGCAGUGAACACCGCCCAUGGUCCAUGAUCUGUGUACUCUAGCAGAAGCAAACGACUUCUGCAUUGGUCCUCUUGCCUGUGUUUUGGAAGGAAACUUGGAAACCUUCCCUUUUCUGUUGUCUUUUACCAGUGGAAAUGGAAGUUUCCUUUGUUACCCUGAACUAAUACAUUUUAAAGUUUUACCUUUUCCUUGUUAUUU